AUGCGCAGGCGCUGGAUUGUACGCAGGCGCUGCGGCGCCGGGUGUACUCUUUCUUGCCUUCGACCACGACCUCUCGACGCGUCCAUUGCUCUUCUUCUCCCCGGCGGACCAUCUGAAGAGGACGAAACGGACCGCCUUUUCUCACGUCCGCAUUGGAAUACGAAGGAUGGGGUACGCAGCGCUGUAUGGGACGCAGACCGCAUUGCUCUUCGUAGCCAGGUGCGAACACCACAGGAACUGAAACGGCGUGCUUUUCCUGACAUUGCGUGGACAAGAGGCUCGUUGUUCUAUGCAUGCAGAAGAUAUCUCCUUCAUAAUUUAUACCACGACCUGCAAGACUUAUCUGCGAAAGCAACGUCCGACCAGAACACUACUCUCGUGUUCGAUGCUGGAGAGACCGAGCUAGAAACGCUGCCCACAUCAGCUACUUCACCCAGCACGCCCUCCGGGACCCCUCGCAAGCGGCCUUUUCAUUCUGCUUUGUCGCGAGCCCUAUUCUCGCUCUGCUUCUCUGAGGCAUGUAUGCUGUUCUUGCUGCUCAUAUGCCAAGCAUUGGAUAUAAGUCACACCCGGGUCCGGUUGAUACACUGGCAAAUCUCCCUAUCCCUGCUACUCGUCGCCAUUGUGCUCGUCAUCCCCCUGUCAUACAGUAUAGUGCUCAGCAAUGGCUCAGCCCCACUCGGCGUAUCGCCUACGCGUCAACAGAUCCUCUCGCCGAGCCUAGCUCUGUACUUGGUACCUAAUGUUCUUUUCCUGCUGGCCUUGUCAUGCAUUCCUCUACCGGAUGGGAUGCCCACACACACCGUCCUGGCUUCGACUCUCUCGCGUUUGACUGUGAUUGGAACCGUCUUCCUCGGUCUCCUGUCUGGGUUUGGUGCAAUAUACACAGCGUGGGACUUCUUCCCAGUCUUUUCUCGGAACGCUAAGUCACAACCUACGGACGACGAAGUCCGUGCUGCUGAGGGGGGCCUACGGCGCAUCCAGGAAGAUCUUGCCCAACGUCAGAAGGAUCUCCAAAGGGUCGAGACCACAAACCAGCCCAAGAACCAAUCGAGCUGGCUAUCCAGAAACAUUUCGAACUUGCAGGGCAACAGCGAGGAGUCGUCAUUGGCUCAAGAAAUAACGGGUCUGCGGGCACUCGAAUACGAGAUGUCUCGGAAUGUGGAGGUCCUCAAGCAACGACAAGCCGACGCGAAAUUCAAUAGGACGUUGGCUGGACAGGCCUUCAACUGGGGCGGACGCCUUUUUGCGGUUUAUUGCAUAUACCGCGUUCUCGCUUGCUUACUGAACCUCGUCCUACCCCGCGCCCCGCCUUCCGCGCCGGGUGAAUCAAGUACCACGAAUGCGGAUAUAGUCAGCUUUGUGCUUGCGUACCUGCUUUCCUACCUCCCCUUCAUCCAUCUUCCCGAAGACAAGAUCUCCGUCAUCUCACGCCAGAUCAGCUUGGGUUUAGUGGGCGCUAUUAUCCUCAGUAGCAUUCGUCGAGUGCUGCGUGGAGUGUCCAGGCUUUUGCGGGUGACCAGUAGAUCUCUUGGCGCUUCGCUGAUGCUACUCACGCUCGCGCAAGUCAUGGGCAUCUACCUGCUCUCAACGCUCAUCCAGCUGCGGACCGCAUUCCCUCCGCCGCCAGCACGGCCCGAUAUGGACCCGGACGUGGGCAUCUCCAACCUGUUCUCGACCCUGCCCGAGUGGCAGUUCUUCGGUUCGCUGUUCGACGGGGCGUUUCUCCUCGCCGCCGCUGUGAGUGCGGCUGUGCGCUGGCUCGGGGAUAGAGUGACGGGGUAG